AUGGAGUGGGAUCCGAGUCGCUUCUUCCGUGCCUCUGGCAGUCCUUUUCCCUAUGCUUUACUGGUGCUCAAUCAGCCAAUCAAUGAAAAAGCAGUUGGAGUACUAAGUGAAUAUGCUUCUUAUAUCAUUUGCGCCGAUGGUGGUGCUAAUCGAUUGCAUGAUAUGCUGAAGAAGGAGGGGAAAGAGUCUAGCGAACUUCCCGACAUCAUCAUUGGAGAUUUAGAUUCUAUUCGCCCAGACGUGUAUCGACACUAUGAAAAUCUUGGAGUAACCUUAUUGAGAGAUCCAGAUCAAUACUCAACAGACUUCACCAAAUGCUUAAAGUACCUCAAUACACACGCUACAGAGAUCGUUGCAUCUCCCCGCCAAAGCAGAAAAUUUGCAGAAAAGCUGCAAGAUGCACCCCUUGAAGUUGUCAUUCUAGGUGGUCUAGGUGGCCGUGUUGACCAGGCCUUCUCGCAAGUCCAUCAUCUAUACAUGAUGAGCCAAACCCAGCGAGAACUUCGCGAAGCUUCAGAGAGUGACGAAGAUUUAGGUGACAACAACCAAAACGCGGGUGGAAAUCUAUAUCUUGUCUCUGAAGAGAGUGUUACCUUUGUGCUGCAACGAGGGAAGAAUACUAUUUGCACACCAGCUACAAGGCGGGCAGAUGUCGAGGAGCAGGGACAAGAGGUGGAAUACUUCUUCGAAGAGAACAUUGGUAUUAUUCCUCUCUCUGCACCUGCGUCAAUCACCACUCAUGGCUUUGAAUGGGAUGUUGAAGACUGGCAUACAGAAAUUGGAGGCCAAAUAUCAACAAGCAAUCAUAUUCGGGCUGACAGGGUGGAGGUGGAAACAUCGGUGCCAGUUCUAUUUACUGUGGAAUUAGCGGAAAGAUUAAAGCGCAGAUAG